CAUUUCGAUGCAGGGGAGUUUCUCAUGGAAUAUGAUGGGAAGCUGAUUUCCGCAGCAGAGGGCGAGCGCAGAGAGGAAACUACAGACAGUUUCUUCCGGUAUUUCUUUACCAGCAGGGGCACAUGUACUUUGAUUUUUUUUUUUUUUGAUUGUAUUCAUUGCGGUAUUGAUGCAACAUCUGAACCAACAGAGGGGAAGCAACUUGGGCGCUUAGUUAAUCAUGGUGAUUUGAAGGAGGCCAAUUCCAAGAUGAAAGUCAUCAUGGAUGGGGACAAACCAACACUCUGCCUUUUCUCCAUUAAACCCAUCCAGAAGGCAAAGGAAGUGUUAUAUGAUUAUGGGAUCAACAAGCCUGAAAUGGUGUCCCAACACCUCAAAAUGCAUCGUCUGUAG